CCGGGCCCACGUGGGCUCCGACUAGUUCUCAGGCUUCCGCUGAGCCGCUGCGCUCCGGGUGCUCGGACUCGGGCUGCUCCCCUGACCUGCCAUGGGCUUAGAGGCGAUCCGCUAUCACCGGGGCUCCCUGCACGUCCUGGACCAGCUGCUGCUGCCCCAGCAGAGCCAUUAUGAGGCCGUGACCUCUGUGCGCCAGGCCUGGGAGGCCAUCAGGGCCAUGAAGGUGCGAGGUGCUCCAGCUAUCGCCAUAGUGGGCUGCCUGAGCUUGGCUAUAGAGCUGCACGCUGGAUCAGGAGGCCCCGGCCUUGAGGCCCUGGUGACCUUCGUGCAGGACUCACUAAAGUACCUGGUGACAGCCAGGCCGACUGCUGUCAAUAUGGCUCAGGCUGCCCGGGAGAUGUCGGAGGUAGCCAGCCAAGAGGCUGGACAGGAAGGGGCAACGGAGACUGCAGUCCGAGAAAGGUUGAUCUGCUGGGCUGAGCACAUGCUGGAGAAAGACAUCAAGGACAACCAGAGCAUUGGGGACCAUGGGGCCCAGCACCUUCUGGGGCGUGUGGCACCAGGGGGUGGCCAGGUGACUGUACUGACCCAUUGCAACACUGGAUCUUUAGCCACCGCAGGCUAUGGAACAGCUUUGGGUGUGAUCAGAUCUCUGCACGCCCUGGGCCGCCUGAAGCAUGUGUUCUGUACUGAGACUCGGCCCUACAACCAGGGGGCACGGCUGACGGCCUACGAGCUGGUGUAUGAGAAGAUCCCCGCCACCCUCAUCACAGACAGCAUGGUAGCUGCUGCUAUGGCCCACAAGGAGGUGGGAGCAGUCAUUGUGGGAGCAGACCGGGUGGUCGCCAAUGGUGACACUGCCAACAAAGUAGGGACUUACCAGUUGGCCAUUGUUGCUAAGCACCACGGGAUCCCUUUCUACGUGGCUGCUCCUGUUUCCUCUUGUGAUCUCAGCUUGAAGACAGGUCAGGAGAUUGUCAUUGAGGAGCGGCCAGGCCAGGAGCUGACCAGUCUCUGUGGGACCAGGAUUGCUGCCCCAGGUAUUGGAGUUUGGAACCCAGCCUUUGACGUCACCCCUCACGAGCUCAUCACCGGCGGCAUCAUCACAGAGCGUGGAGUCUUCUCCCCCAAGGAACUCCAGACUGCCCUGACCUCUAAGAUCUCCUGAUUGGACCCAAACUCCUCACAUCCCAAGUCUCCCUCUUCUACCUCUAAUUAGAUUGUAAGCUCUUUGAACCCAAUGUCCCAUCUAUUUAAAUGUUCCCUGCUCCAAGCUCAGUGCCUUGUGUCAUAAAGUGUCUGUUGAAUUAAAUGUCCUCCUAUCACUGAACUUUUCUACAAUAAACUUUUUAUUUAUGAUAAU